CGGUUUCACAGAGCCACUUUCUUCUGCCGCCAUGCGUGCGCUGCAUCGCACCGCGAAACGCGCGGCGACAACGCCAUGGCGCUGUCAGCGGCGGUGUUUGGCCUCCACGAUACCGCAGGAAGUGGUCAUCGCCAGUGUAGCGAGGACGCCGAUUGGAGCCUUCUGUGGAGGACUGGCGCAGGUCUCUGCGCCGAAACUGGCCUCCUUCGCCCUGGGCGCCGCCAUGCGCCGCGCCGGGCUGGAGCCGCAGGAGGUGGAGAUGGUGGUCCUGGGCCAUGCGCUGCCGGCAGGUUGCGGCGCCAACAGCGCGCGGCAGGCGGCGUUAUUGGCGGAGGUGCCAGCAACGGUGGACUGCUUCGGCGUGAACAAAGGCUGCGCCUCGGGAAUGAAGGCCCUGACGCUGGCGGCGCAAGCCAUCGCGAUGGGACAGGUGGAUGUGGCCCUUGCAGGCGGCAUGGAAAGCAUGUCGCAAGUGCCCUACUUUCUGCGUCACGCACGGCGCGGGGGAUACCACUAUGGCCAUGGGACCUUAGAAGAUGCUGCUGUGGUAGACGGCUUAUGGGACAGCAGCAGCGAUUGUCAUCUUUCUGCCUGCGUGGAAGAGACCAUGGAGGAGUUGGCCUUGGACCGCGGUGCCUGCGACCGCUACGCCUUGAAGAGCUACCGCCGAGCCUGCGAGGCCUGGCAGCGGGGCGCCUUCGAUUUGGAGGUGGCGCCCUUGCGGGUGAAGAAUCCACGCGCGCAGGGCCGUGACAGCAUGGAGAAGCGUUCCUUGAUCAUCAGUGUUGAUGAAGAGUAUUCCAGGAUGAAAUUGGAUGACAUUGCAAAGGCACCUCCUAUCUUCCAGGAGGACGGCCGCAUCACCGCGGGCAACGCCUCGUCGCUGAACGAUGGCGCGGCGGCGCUGGUGCUGCUGAGCGCCAGCAGGGCGCGGGACAUGGGCAUCAGCCCCAUGGCACGCGUGGUCUCCUUCGCCGACGCGGCGCUGGAAGCGCGGCACGUGGCCAAAGCGCCCAGUGCGGCGGUGCGGAAGGCCAUGCAGGCGGCCAGGAUGUCCACGGUGAACUUCUACGAGAUCCAUGAAACCUUCGCAGCGGUGUCUUGGUCAAUUGCAUAUGCAGUGGCCGGCUGAAACGGGACCCUGUCAGGGCCCGCCUUAAGCCUCAACGUCUCAGGUGGCAUUGGCCAACAUGCAGCUGUUGGAUCUGGACCCCUCGCGUGUCAACGUCAACGGUGGCGCGGUGGCCCUGGGCCAUCCCUUGGGUGCCUCCGGGGCGCGGAUCGUCAGCACGCUGCUGACUGUGCUGACGCAGCAGGAUGCCGAGACGGGCUGCGCGGCCAUUUGCAGCACCGGCGGCGGGGCGACGGCCAUGGUCAUUGAGCGGCGGUGAAAAA